UUUUCAAUUUUGUUCCGGGUUCCUGCCUGAUCCGUGUCACAGGGCAAAGAGCGGAGUGACGCCGAGAUGAAGCUCCUGAGUCUGGCCUGGUUCUUCCUCUGUGUCUCUCUGAGCCUCUGCAUCAGACCUGCCCCUCCUCUGGACCCCGAAGUCCACAUGAACAUUUCUGAGAUCAUAGGGAGGUGGGGUUUUCCGUCGGAGGAACACGAGGUGCAGACGGAGGACGGGUACAUCCUCACCCUGAACCGCAUCCCUCACUCCACCGGGGGGCGCACUGGAGUUGUCCUCUUGCAGCACGGGCUCUUGGCUGCUGGGAGUAACUGGAUCACAAACCCUCCAGACUCGGCUCUGGGGUUCUUUUUGUCUCAGAGCGGGUUUGACGUUUGGUUGUCCAACAGCCGAGGCAACACCUGGUCCAGAAAACACGCGAGCCUAGACCCAAAGCAAAACGAGUACUGGGCCUUCAGUCACGAUGAGAUGGCUCUACAGGACCUGCCUGCCGUCAUAAACUACAUCCUCAACGUCACACAGCAAGAGCAGCUCUACUACAUCGGACACUCCCAGGGGACUACUAUCGGUUUCAUGGCGUUCUCCUCCCUCCCCUCCAUCGCGGCGAAAGUCAAGCUCUUUGUGGCGUUGGCGCCGGUCGCCACGGUGAUGUUCACCCAGAGUCCCAUGACCAAACUGUCCAUUCUGCCAGAGUUCGUUACCUGGGAGGUGUUCGGGAGACGGGCCUUUCUGCCUCAGAGUCACUACAUCGAGUGGUUUGCUGAACACGUGUGCACCAAACACAGCGCCCUCUGCGGGAACCUGUUCUUUGUGCUGUGCGGCUUCAACGAGUACAACCUCAAUAUGACUCGGACUCCGGUCUACACCACUCAUUGUCCUGCAGGAACCUCAGUGCAGAACAUGGUGCACUGGGCUCAGGCGGUGAAAGGAGGGAAACUCAGUGCUUUCGACUAUGGAGACAAAGAAAACAUGAAGCACUACAACCAGUCUACUCCUCCAGACUAUGAUGUGAGGAAGAUGAAGGUUCCCACAGCUUUGUUCACUGGAGGUCAUGAUACUUUGGCCGAUCCCAAAGAUGUGGCUCUGCUCAUCCCACAGAUCUCAAACCUGGUUUUCCACUUGCACCUGGAGGAGUGGGAGCACCUGGACUUUAUCUGGGGCCUGGAUGCCAAGGACAAGAUGUUUCCCUCCAUCCUCAAACUACUGCAGAGCUACUGAGACCAGGGCGGGAGCGGGACCAGGGCGGGACCAGGGCGGGACCAGGGCGGGACCAGGGCGGGACCAGCGCUAGACCAGGACCAGCGCUAGACCAGGACCAGCGCUAGACCAGGACCAGCGCUAGACCAGGACCAGCGCUAGACCAGGACCAGCGCUAGACCAGGACCAGCGCUAGACCAGGACCAGAGCUAGACCAGGACCAGAGCUAGACUAGGACCAGAGCUAGACCAGGACUAGAUGAGGAUCCGUUUACAUAAGGACAAUCUGUUUUGACUGUUUUGGAGUCAGGACCAGAGCUGUACCUCUCACAAACUGUGACAUCAGGAUUUACCACUGUCUAAUAUGCCAUUAUUUUACGUUUAUGUCCAUCCGUUUGUAUCAGUAUUUGAAUCAGAACGCCGUCUUUUUAUCUGUGCACUGAUCAUUUAAAUGUGUUUUAAAUCACUGUUUUUAUUGUUUUUUUGUUGUUGUUUUUUUAAUCUCAAAUCAAACAUCUUUAUGAUUAAAUGUUUUAAAUGUUUAUCUGAGUGAAAUACUUCAGAUGUUC